UGAUGGUGUUGAUCGUACCUUGUCCGAUCAAGAGAGUCUCUGUGUUCGUGGAUUGAAAUGCCGAAUAUCUUCUAAACUUUAUUGUUUAAUAUCAAACGACGUUUGCAUAUCAUUUACCGCAUUGGGCUACACCAUUCCUCCCCCUGGGUGGGGAUGUGCCGGAUGCUGGCCGCGUGAGCACUGAUAUGGGGAGUGAAGUUCCCCUACCGUCCUCCCACACAACGAUGCCUUCCGCCACCGCCCGACAUUCCCACCCUUCCCCCAUGCUCGAUGAAAAACUUCUUCCCCACAUCCCUCCUCCAGCGGGAUUUGGACCCACACUCCCCACCCAAGAUCCCCACGAUUCUCUGGACGUGAGGCUGCGUUGUGGCAAGCGUGAGUCGGGUGGGGACUUGCCAUCGUCUCCUCUCUCCCCUCCUUCCCCUUUCCAACACCCUUUCUUCAGGCGACAGUUGGGGCUUGCUGGGGACCCGUGGUCACGGUUUUCGGGCUUCGGUUUUCCUCUUUUCCCCACUCAUGCCGGCAACAGACUAUCACAUCACUCGUGGGGCUCAAGCUUCCCAAGGCUGAGUGGCCCCAGCUCUGGGGAAGGACGCGUCAUUACCAUUGAGGUCGAGUCCAGCGAUGAUGAUGGGGAGGAGAGACCGUCCAAGAGUGGGGAGGACCGGCCCCGUCUUCCCCUCAACAGGAGCAGCACGGCAUGCACACUUGCCAGCGUCCCCAACACGGCUGGGCGGGAGUCCCGGUACAUCUCGCGCGCCUACAGCGACGGCGUCAGUGAGACGGAGAGUGAGGAAGACGAAGAAGAACACGUCAAUUCUGCUUCGUCAUCCAGAACUAGCUUCACAUCUUCCACCCCUACCUCAACCUCGGCAAGAUCUGCGUUUGCUUCUUCGUCCAGCUUCGCGAGAAGUACUCAAGUCCCUCCCGUGGCGGUUGACCCCUCCAAGUCAGAGCUAAGCUCUCCCCGCAAGGCCGGCAGCUUUGAUCACUCCGGCAGAUCUCGGCUUCCUUCGCUUCACAGAGACGCUCUCUCUCUGGAUGGUGCCAAAGCCCCUGGCAGUGACAGAGGUGCCAGAGUGAUUCCAAUUGUCGUUGCCAGAGACCCGCCCAGAGAUCGUUCUGCUGGCAGAGAAGUAGCUCCAUACAGACAUAGUUACGCGUGUCAAGAAUCUGUCUUCAGAGUCUCUUGUGACGGACUUGGGAAUGCCAUCUCGUCCUCCACGACAUACCCUGAUCUCGCCCCACCUCAUCAUAAAGACCAACAUACACAACUGAUUACAAGAAGUCAACAACAACAACAACAACAAGGAGAUCCGCUAGAAAAUCGGUUAAAAAACUCGUCGGAUGCCAAACUAGAAAAUCGGUUAAAAAACUCGCCGGAUGCCAACCUAAAAGAAGAUUCAACGUCCGAGGACGCGGAGAGCGUGGAUGUUGAAGAAAACGUUUCUUCGCGUCAUGCGGAUGGGGAGGAUGGGCAAGAGGGACACUCGAACGGUGUGCCCUGCAGGAAUAAAGCGCACCGCAUCGCCCUGGAGCUCCUGCACACCGAGGAGUCCUACGUGCGCAUCCUGCACCUGCUUGACCAGGAGUUUCAGUUCCGGGUGGACCAAGAGAACAGAGUUCGGCCGAUGUUCCCCGCAGAGCAUCUGCCUUUAAUGUUCUCGAACAUCAAAAGCAUCUACAAACUUCAUCACGACUUCCUCCUGCCGCAGCUCCGGGACAGACUUGCUAACUGGGACGCCCGUCCCCGCAUUGGAGACAUCAUGACGAUGCUGGCGCCGUUCCUGAAGAUGUACGCGGAGUACGUGCGUAACUUCGACCGCGCGUCCGCCCUCAUCUCGCAGUGCCAGGCCAAGAGUGCCAAGUUUGCUGCCAUCAUGGCUGACAUCCACGCACUGGAGAGCUGUGCGGGGCUGUCCCUACAGCACCACAUGCUGUGUCCUGUGCAGCGCAUCCCUCGCUACGAGCUCCUGCUCAGGGACUACCUCAGCGCCCUGCCCCCCCACCACCCUGACGCCCCCGACACCGCCAAGGCCCUCCACUUGGUCGCCACGGCCGCGAGCCACGCGGACGCGUCCCUCUCCAGCAGCGACGCGUUCGAGACGCUGCUGUCCCUGCCGUCCCGCAUCAGCGGAUGCGAGGACCUCGUCUGUCCCACGCGGUCCCUCAUCAAGCAUGGCCGGGUCGGCAAGAUCUCGGCCCGCACCGGGGACCAUCAGGAGCGCUACCUGUACCUGCUGAGCGACCUGCUGCUGCUGUGCGCCCCCCGUCUAGGAGGUCGCGUCAUUCACGGUCCCCCACACCGCCUCCGCGCGCGCUACAACGUCAACAACUUACAGGUGGUGGAGGGCGACAACCUGGAGACGGCGCACAGCUUCUACCUGCAGGACGGCCACAAGACCGUCGAGCUGUACACGCAGACAUCUGAGGAGAAGGACGCGUGGUUGGCCGCGCUGUUCCUGGCCAUCGAAGACACGUACAAAAAACGCAGCUCCCUGCGCCGGGGGGAGGACAAGGGGGAUGGGGGGGAUCACAUGGCAGGUUCUGGGGGAGUUCUGGGGAUGGAGGCCCCUGAACUGCUCCCCAUGGAGGGGAUUAGCAGCUGUAUGAGCUGCGGGGCCUCCUUCUCCAUGGUGCGACGCAAGCACCACUGCCGGGCCUGCGGCAGCGGUACCCGUGGCGAGGGCGUGGGGGAGAAGGAGCGAGAUCGCGCCUUCAAGCUCCAUUACUCCAAGAAGCAAUACUACUUCCUGGCGCCCUCCAAGGAGGAUUGUCUUAGGUGGGUUGCGGCCCUACAGAGCGCCGCCCGCGCCGAGACCCUCGAGUCAACCUGACCCACUCCUGCCGAGGCGGUCGCUAGGAUCACGUGCCUGUGAUGUUCUCAGCCGCGCCCUUCUACCCACCUGAGUCACCUUAGAGUUCGGCCCGUGAUGCCCUCAGGUCUCCGUGAUGCCCUCAGGUCCCCGUGAUGCCCUCAGGUCCCCGUGAUGCCCUCAGGUCCCCGUGAUGCCCUCAGGUCCCCGUGAUGCCCUCAGGUCCCCGUGAUGCCCUCAAGUCCCCGUGAUGCCCUCAAGUCCCCGUGAUGCCCUCAGGUCCCCGCGAUGCCCCGUGACGUGGAAGAAGAGGUGAAGGUCCGACAUUAUCCCGGCGACCGUUGGCUUGAGUUUUGGGCAAGUUUCUGUUCAUUGAGAAUCGUGGAGCGAGUGUUUAUCUAUAUUCGUGUUCACGAACUUCGAAGUGUUCAACACGCAAGUGUUCGUGGCAGGCGAGGUGUUCGUGUUGCGUGAUGGACUGUUCUCGUCGCGCUGGCGCUCGUUGAAUGUUCUUUGUUAUUUAUGUGUUCGACGUUGAGGUAGUUCUGAACAUUUUGCACGUUAUCCCCUGGAAAUAUGUUCAUGUUUUGUUGAGUAUAUAUGUAUUUAAUUGUAAAUGGUACUGUUUAAACUAUUUGCAAUUAUAGUUUAAAGCGUUUCGGUUAGAGUUUGUAACCGUUGCGGACGGAAUAGCCCCCGGCCACGCUGGUCCGCCGCAGUCCUAGAGAUGCCUGUACAAAACUGCAUACUGUGCCAUGCUUAUACAUUUUUGGGGGCUUUGUCGGCGAGUUGGAAAUUCAUUUCAUUACUGGUUCAUUGUUCAUUCAUUAUAUUGUUCAUGUUUAGUCACUGAAUUGUUUAUUUAUAUGUCUCUUUAACUCUGAAGCUGUCUAGUCAGUAGCGAACCGUUCUUAGCUUCAGCAGCUCAUGUGGUAAACCUGUAAUUAAUAACACACGUUUAUUAAAUCGUUAAAUUUAUUUAUUCAAGUGAAAUUAAUAGGGUAAAUGAAAUUAAACCCUAUGGCACAAUGUUUGCGUAUUUUCUCAAGAUUAUUGGCCACGCUAAUACGCGUUUCGCUACUAGAUUAAUUAUUAUUGUUCCAAAUAGAGUCAAAGGUUAAUUAAGAAAUGGAUUGUUAUUGUCUGUAAAUGAAGAGGAAGCAUCAAGUGCCAAAAAGGAAAUUUGUUUCGGAAUUCCCAUUAAAGUCUUCCUAGUAAAAUUUUUUAUUCAUUGAUUUAUAAAUAAUGUGUUAUUUAAUUUGUAAUUGUACAUUUAUGUUCAUGUACUAGCGUUUAUAUAAUGAACUAAUACAAUAAUGAUGAAUAACUUGACGCACAAUACAAACAAAGGCAAUAUUCAGGCUUUGUGUUGACUAGCGAUAUGCAUGUGUAAUUUAUACAAGUUAGGGUGCUGUGUUCAUACAGAAUUUAUGAGUGUAGCAAUAUUGUGUGAUCUGGGUAGAUCCACGCUACGCAGAACACAUUCAAGAGACUUUAACUGUUAGGGUGGUGAUAAUGUCCUAAAAUUUUGUGUUCUCUUAUUGUGAUGACAAAACUUCAAGGCUAAAUGCAGUACCAGUUUUGAUUUUUUCCUAGUGUAAAAUUUACACAAUUCCGAAGUCCGUACGAAAUUCGUAUUUUUUUGUUAU